GUCACCUUGAGUCCUUCAGAAAAAGUUGGUGUUGACAAACACACGUGGGUCUGCCUCUCUCUGCAAAUCUCAAAUGAACUUAAGCAGUUACUAGCUAAGUACCUAAUUUAUUUUGAUUAAGAAAUUGGCCCCGCCGUCCCUUACCGACCGAGGUCAUUAUUAGCCCUUGGGAUAGACUAUGGAGAGUCCGGCGGAUUAUCAGCGGAAAAAGAAAAAGUCCAAGAAGAGCUAUCUGCAAAAAGCUCGUCGUUACGGCGUUCGGGGCAUCUUGGGUCGGGGUCGUCAAAUUGAUCAAGACACCUACGACUACUACGUCCGCGUCUUGGAUACGCUCAACCGCGAGGCUUGGGAUGAUGAGGAAGGACAAGCCAUGUUCAUUGCGAACGUGUUCCAGCAGACUGAGGGUGAAGAGUGGACCUUGUGCGGCAAUCAGUUGUGUUCCCGCGUCCUCGAAAAGCUGUUGCCUUUCGCCCAAGCGGCGGUGCGGGAACGCUUUAUGAGCGCUUUGGCUCAGGAUCUGCGGCUCACUUGUACCGACGCCUUUUCCUCGCACAUCUUGGAACGCCUGCUCCUCCUAGCCUGCUUCGCACCGCCCACUGAGGCCGACGAUGAUUUCCGCACCUUCGCCCAAAUCUGGGUCCUGAAAGUCACCAAGUUCGUCAUCAACAACUGGGACGAUUUCUGUCCGGAUGUGUAUGCCAGUCACAUUCUCCGCACGGCUUUCCAAUGCUUGAGCGGCAUCAAAUUGCCCGUGGACGUGUUACGUAGUCGCCAUUCGCGGAAUCAAGUCACCGGAGCCGACCAAUCUACCACGUUUCAGGACUUUGAACCCACGGCUGACAGUUUAGCCGUGUUGAAAUUGGCCGCGGUCAAGGCCAAGCAAAUGCAGAAUCGGGACGAAGUGUUGCACACGGAUGCGGCCGCCGGCGUUGUGGCCACUUUGGUCACGAUUUUGUGUCGGAAAUUGCCGCCCACUGGGCGUGAUCUGGCCCAAGAAUUGCUGGAUCAGGUCUUGCCUCGGGAUUUGGCCGAUGAAGUGCCGGUGGUGUUUCAAUCUGAAGGAUUAACGCGGUUAUUGGAGGCUUUGAUUAGUGAAUGUCCGGCCGAAUUGGUGCAUCAGAUUCACGCCCAAUUCUUUCGAAGCCGCCUGAGUCGCCUGGCUCGUCAUGCUACGGCUAAUUUUGCCGUGCAAAAGCUCUUGACCGCCUGCCCGGAUAAGGCCACGUUUGAGACAUGGUACGGUGAGGAACUCGACGAGCAAAUCGAGGAGAUCUUUGCCUCGGGCAACACUGGGGUGAUCCUUAAUAUUGCCAAAACUUGUCGUAAGAUGUCUGCCAAGCAAGCUCACUUCCUGGUGGCCUUGAUGAAAGCCCUGCAUUGUUACGAACCUGUGGAUCAACAGACCAAACUGGUCCCGCUUCUUGUUCAUCUGAGGACGAAGGAAGGCAUGGAGGAGACCACCGAACGCAUGACCGUACAUAUUCACGGCUCAUUGAUUCUCCAAGAACUGCUCCAAUUCUCCAAACCGAUCAAAGCCGUGUCCUCUUUAUUGGCCAUGGAUUCCUCAGCUCUGAAGAACCUGUUGAGCGAUCCCAAGGGAAAUUAUGUCACCCAAACUUUCAUGAGCAGUCCGACAGUGGGCGAAAAGAGUCGUGAGUCGUUGGUCAAAUCAUUACACGGAGAGCUCGUGGCCAUGGCCUGCUCGAAGCACGGGUCCCGAUCGGUGGAUGCCAUUUGGAGCAAAACCUCGUUGAAGGGCAAGGAAAUUGUUGCCUCGGAACUCUCGCAAAAAGAGCCGCUUUUGAAUAGCAAUCAAUUUGGUAAAUUCAUCGCACAAAACUGCGCUCUCUCAUCAUUCAAGCGAGCUAGAGACGAUUGGAAAGCGAAUCUGUUGCGCACCGAUAAAAAGCGAGAUAUGUUUCAAGACAUUAUUGGAGAUUUGGGUGAUGCCACCCAAAAACCCAAACCCAAGGCCAAGGUCAACGAUAUCGAACCGCCUCUCUCGCCCACACCCAAGAAAGAGAAGAAGAAGAAGCGUAAGAAGGCUGAUUUGGCCGAAGAUAUCCUCGCUCUUGAUGAGGACGCGACUACCAAUUCUCCGGAGGUUGAAUCAAUUCCCAAGAAAAAGAAGAAAAAGAAAGCCAAGUCUUACUUGGACGAUCUAUGAUACUACUCGAUUCAAUGGAAAUGGAGUUCAAUGCUAAAUACAAAAAAAAAUCCUUUAUUUACAUUGAUAUCAA